AUGGAAUUUGGAGCCAUCGACGAGAAGUUUUGGCCAAUCGACCGCCACAGAAUACUCACGACCCCCAUUGGUAGUACCCACGCAAAUGACCGGCUGGUGUGGCACUAUUCACGCUCCGGAGAUUUCACGGUCAAAUCUUGUUUCCAUAACAUUAUGCAACGCCACAACACUGGUAGCGGAGACCAUGAAUACGAGAACUCUUCGCAGAGUGAAGACAAAGAGUUUUGGAAAUUUAUUUGGCAUUUGAGUAUUCCACCAAAGAUCAAAAUCUUCAUUUGGAGAGCUGUUGGAGAUCUUAUCCCGGCCAACGCUGCUCUAUUCCGACGACAUGUUUCAUCUAACCCAUUUUGUGGCAGGUGUAGGAUUAAACCCGAAACAACCGUUCAUGCUUUGGUCCAAUGUAGGAGCUUAACUAAGGUUUGGUUGGGCCAACCGUUCGAACUCAACGGGGCAAUCGAGCCGGCUUCCUUCCGUCAAUGGAUUGAGCAAAUAAGGAAAAAGCUAUCGAAAGAUCUUUUCUACCUAGCAAUGAUUCACUGCUGGAAAUUUUGGGAUUCAAGGAAUCGCGAGGCUCAUGGAGAGGUGGGAUUAAGAGGUUGGGAGUUUUGUAGUUGGAGCGAAAACUACCUUUCUGUUUUCAGAGCUGCAUGCCAUGUCCCGCCUACGCCCAAAGAUCCCGUCCCACGACGAAAUUGGAGCCCACCACCGGACGGUUUCAUCAAGGUAAAUUUUGAUGCCGCUCUACCGCCAUCCCAAUCUUUCUACAGAGUUAGUAUGGUGGCCCGAAAUUCAGAGAAGGUUGUACUUUGGUGGUGCGUUAAAAAAUUCACAAAAACUGUCCAAGCGGUAGAAGGAGAAGCCCACGCAGCCCUCAAAGCGAUCCAAAUGGCGAAGGCUAAAUGUUGGAACUCGAUUAUCCUCGAAGGGGAUUGUCAGCAACUCAUUACGGCUCUUAGGGAUGAAGACGCUAGUUUAAGCCCGUUUAGAGCAUAUCUAGAGGACAUUCAGGCUCUUAUUUCAUCGUUCAUUUCGUGUCAAUUUUCUAUUAUUCCUCGCACUUGUAAUAAUUUAGCUCAUGCAUUAGCAAACAUUAUUGAGCUCGCAACUCGGAGGGUCAGUUCCUUCCUCUAA